AUGCAUCGAGCAUUGUCGCUGUCAGCGGUGCUCGCUGCCUCGCCGCUCGCUUCUGUGAUUGCGGACUCGUGCGAGCCGGGUCAUUUGGUGGUGUCACGUGGCGAAAGCGUGCGAGUGCUGUCACGACGUGGUUCGAUUGCUCGGUGCUGUCGCGUGCAUCGUCGUCCCGAUCUCGUUUCAACCGGCAUCGUUCCACUCCAGAACCUCCUCAUCCGAUGA